GUGACAAGGAAAACGUCAAAACAGGAACAAAAUGGCUGCAACUGGCGACGAAGCCGCAGCUAUGGACAGCAUCUCCAGGGCACCAGCGGCCCAUUUAGCGGCUCUGAACGCGGCCGCGAGCUCCAGCGGCCACACGGAAGCAGCGGAGGACGUGACGGACAGCCCGGCGGUGGUUACCAAAAAGCCCAGCACAAACAGUGAUGGUGGUGUGGAGACAGCAGAGGAGGCUGUGGAGCCUGCAGAGCCUGAUAUCAAUGAGUUGUGCACUGAUAUGUUUGAAAAGAUGGCAAUCUUCCUGCAAGGAGAACUGACAGGGACUUGCGAGGAUUACCGUCUGUUGGAGAACAUGAACAAGCUCACCAGUCUGAAAUACAUGGAAAUGAAGGACAUCAGUAUCAACAUCAGCCGUAACCUGCAGGAUCUCAACAACAAAUAUGCUAGCCUACAGCCCUACUUGGACCAAAUAAAUCAGAUUGAGGAGCAAGUGUCUGCACUUGAACAGGCUGCUUACAAGCUGGAUGCGUACUCCAAGAAACUGGAGGCCAGAUUCAAAAAACUGGAGAAGCGAUGAGGGGGAAGAGGAGGCCGACUCCAGAGUUAUGGUGCCUUCUCACCUUCUUUAACCCUGCCUCGCCUUCCUCUCUCCCUGCCAGUGGAGCCAGGAGCUGCGGGGAGGAUGUGAACUGAGACUGAAACAACAAACAGUCAUAGCCACUUUGACACCCAGAGAGGACCCAGGAGGAAGCAGCUGAAAGCACAUGAAUUAGUACUGCAGCGCUUAGCUUAGAUUUAACUCCAGCAUCACUGAUUUUGGCAGCAGUCGUGUAGCUGAGACGAACAGUGUGUGGCGUGUACCCACAUUCUUUGCAUAAACACUUUAUGUUGAAUAAAUCUGCCUGAUUACUAGCAUAUCCUAACUGACUGGUGGAAUACUAAUGUACUACUUAACAUAAAGAAACAGAAAAUUGGCAGAGACUUGUACCACACAAACAAUGUAUGUAGAUAUUUAUAUGAUGAUGCAUGAUCACAGGUGUGUUUUUAAUAAGUUCCAGCCUUUUUUUCUGACUAUUUCAGCUAACUGACCUCUUGACAGAUGUAUUUCCACUGAGUAAUAGAAACUUGAAAUGUAAAUUGGCAUUAUUUGUUGUUACACAAUUAUUUGUCUGGGCAGUGGGAAUAGCACCGCACUAGAUAACUUUUAGUUUACUAUAAAAAAUGUCAACGUGUCGAGAGCAGCUGGAAAACACACCAUCUCUAUAGAAUGAAUUUUAAGGAAUAGCGUGUAAGAUUUAGGGGGAUUUAGUGGCAUCUAGUGGUGAAGACUGUACAUUGCAACCACCUCAAACUUCUGCCAGUUAGAUUUCCUUCAGUGUUCAUUGUUCAGGAGGAUUUUUUACUGGGGCCCAAAAUAUCCACAGAUGUCUCUUCAUCUCCAAAACAAACUCACCAGGCGAUUAAAAACAGUUAAAACACUGAAUAAAGCAGUUUGACAUUACAAA